CAGCUGUGUGUACAUACAGUAGCUGUAUACAGUACAUCAGGGCCUGUCAGCCAGGCUGAGCUGCUGUGUGUGGCGAUGGGGAGGAAAUAAAGCGGCUCUUCUACAUGUCACCGACGCGGAGAGGUAAUCUAAGAAAAUGGAGGGAGGAAACUUUGGUUACUCCCGAGACUAUCUUGACCGCUUCAUCCAAAGCCAAGACUCAUCUGUGGUAAACAAGUUCCAGCAGAAAUACUGGAAAACCAAGCAGACUCUCAUCAAGGUCACCGGGAAGAAGGAGGACAAGCAUGUGGUCGCCUCAGAUGCAGAUCUGGAUGCCAAGCUGGAGGUCUUCCACUCAAUCCAGAGAACAUGCAUGGAGCUGCUGAAGGUCAUUGAGCAGUAUCAGAGGAGGAUCUGUCUCCUUUCCCAAGAGGAGAACGAGCUGGGUCGUUUCCUGCGCUCCCAGGGCUCUCAGGAUAAAACCAGAGCUGGAAAGAUCAUGCAAGCCACAGGAAAAGCUCUCUGCUUCUCAUCACAGCAGAGAUUGGCUCUGAGGAACCCGCUGUGCCGUUUGUACCAGGAGGUGGAAACAUUUCGUUAUCGUGCCAUCUCAGACACGUGGCUGACAGUGAAUCGAAUGGAGCAGUCAAGGACUGAGUACCGUGGAGCGCUGCUUUGGAUGAAGGACGUAUCUCAGGAGCUCGACCCAGAUACGCAUAAACAGAUGGAGAAAUUCAGAAAGGUUCAAGCUCAGGUGCGCACAACCAAAAAGAGCUUUGACAAACUGAAGAAUGACGUCUGCCAGAAAGUGGACCUGCUGGGAGCGAGCCGCUGCAACCUCCUCUCUCACGUCUUAACCACAUAUCAGACAACACUUUUGCACUUCUGGGAGAAAACAUCCCACACCAUGGCAGCCAUCCAUGAGAGCUUCAAGGGCUGUCAGCAUUAUGAGUUCUCUACAAUUAAGACUUUACAAGACCCUGUGGACAAACUGGCUAAAAAGAAGGGGAAAAAUAAAGCCAAAGCAGAAACGGAAGAAGCAAAGAAAGAAGAAACCACAGAUGACCAACUCAUCUCUCUUGUAAAUGAAAACACCAGCGACAAGGCGAGAGAAGAGUCGGAGGCAGAGGAGAAGGACAGCAUGGCCUUACUGAAUGAGAUCCUGGGCGGUUUGUCUGUGGAUGAGGGGGAUUUCUCUCAGGAGUGGACAGAAGUGUUUGGAGAGACUGAGGAAGGAACAAGUGCUGCAUCCACCAGACCAACAGAGACCCAGGACAAGGAAAACUCCUUCUUUCUACCAUCACAGCUUUUGGACCAGAGUUUGAAUAAUCUGCAGUCUUCCAUCUCAGACUGGGCCCCACAUUCUGCCACUCAGGCAACUGAGCACUCAUCUGAAGCCAAUCAGAGCACUUCAAAGCCAGCAGAGAGAGAGGCAGAAGGGACAUCCAAAGAUCUCUCAGCAUGGUUCAACCUGUUUGCUGACUUGGACCCCCUCUCCAACCCCGACGCGAUUGGCAAAACCAACACAGAGCAUGAACUUCACAAUGCAUAGUUGUUCUUCUGCAUCACAUUUUACCUUUGUAAGGGGUACAGUAAAAUAAGGCUUCCACCAUGAAUUUAAAAAAAACAAAACAGUCUGAUCUGACUCUCAGAGGCCUCAUGAAAGAAUAAUUUGUGCAGUUUCAUAUUUUCUUUCUAAAGUGGAACAUGACAGGGUGUCAGGUAGACAGGCAGAUUGUCUAGUUUCCUUAAUAUGAAUUAGUAACCAUUUAAAAAAAUAUUUAAAAAUUAACUUCACUAAUUCACUGUGUCAUCACUUGCAAAUUUACCAUGUUUCCUGGUUGCAUGCAAUGGCAUAUUAUGACUAAGUAGUUCUUAAGUUCAGUUUACUGAGAAAGCCCACUCCAAAAGCUGACUCAAGGCGUCCACAGUCACUUGCUGUUGAAUAGCCUGUGAUGACAGGCCACUGACAAAUAUAGUAGUAAUAUUUUGUAUGCCUAAUAACAUUUUGGGGUUUUUCCAUGGAAAAUAAAAGCCAUCCGCACAAUGAGCACGACAGUCAGUCAGUUUUGGAGCCACAAUUGUACCAUUCACCUCGUGUGCACACAAGAGGUGUCUUCAACUUAAUCUUACAAGCUGAUUUAGAAGAACACCACAAAUGUUCUUGCAUAAGGCCCAGUGUCAUAACUGAACAACUAAAAGAGGAUAUGUAUAAUUAUAACUUCAGGAAGAUGAGGUUUCUUUAAAAAUAAUGAAAAUCUAAAAUAUUUUUAGAGAAAAAGUUGAUACGAGGCCAACUACAAGGCGAUAACAUGAAAAUAUGAUUUUAAUAACUACAACAACAUUCUGAGUAUUUUAUUAAAGAAUUGCCAGUUUAAAUAAUGAGCUGUAUAUCUAUGUAAUCCCUGCAAAAAGCCUACAUAAGUGUAUAGAAAGGUUGAGUUAUCCCUAAUAUGGCUAUCUCAGGCAUACAGCACUGGCUGUGAGCGCCGAAGCCUCAAUCACCAACUGUUAAACCCUUCUGUUUGCAAAUGGCCACCAAACAGGAGACAUCUUGCUUAAAGCUAGAGUUGAAUGGCUUGUGUUCAGGCAGUAGCUGACCUGAAGGACUGCACGAAGGACCAUUAUACAUAAGAAUUACUCUGUGCUAAGCUAGUCCAAGGUUAAAAAUAUGGAGGUGGCAAUGAGCAGGAGUCCCUUUAAGUCAGGCUGUAACCAGAAAUGAGAAGAUUUAUUCCAUGGUGGCAGUAUUAUGCUUCUGUCAGAGUCCCACAAACUACUACCAGCUUUGUCAUGAAAGAAAAAUGUAAACAUUAAAUUAUUUUAGCAGGGAUACCUCAGUACGAGUUUGGAACAAAAAGCCUUUGACAUUAGCUGCCUUGAAAAUCUCUCUCGUAGCAUUCAUGCUUCAUUUCCAGUUCUCAUUACUGAAGAUGUCAAACUACUGCGUGAGAUGCACAAGAGGAAAGAAAGCAAAUAUGACAAACAGUUUGUUUACAGAGCAUGGAACAUGUUGACUGGAGGAAUUUUAAUGCAGUUAAACAGAAUUAUUUAAACAAACUGAAGCAUAAUUGCCUGGCAUUGAUCUAUUCAGCAGUGCAAGAAGUUAAACUAAACUCUUUUCUCACCACAUCUGAAGGUGGAAUUUCAUCCAUGUAAUCCAAGUGGUUUCUUUGAUGAGACACAAGCUUGGCUUUUUUUGUAAGGACUGAUGAUUUGUUUGCAAAAUACAGUAUAUGUGAUCUCCUUUUAAGUAUAAUCCAGAAGUGUGUUGAUUUAAAACACAUCAGUCAUCUAUUACUGCAUGUUGCAUGCCUUCUUUUAUGUUAAGCAGUAAACGUGAUUCAGUGAACUACAUGUUUAUAGUGAUGUGACAUUUUUCCACGUUCCUGUAUUUAUUUAGUGGUUACUGGCUUUUACGGGCAUUAUAUGCUGCGUCAGUGCAUUAUUCUAGAGCCAAAAAAAUGGAAACUUUAAGAAUCGUGUAAAUACAGUCUUAUUCUGACUUUGAUGACAAUGCUGCAUAAACUGACUACAUAUCUGAGUAAAUGCCUUAAUCAAAUCACAUGUUAACACAGAUCAUCAGAAUUAUAACACAGUGACCUUUUUUUGUUGCUUUGUUUCAUAUUUAUUAUUCACUCAUAACCAAAUACA